AUGCCAGUUAUUAUAGUUGGCUCGCAGAAGAAUCUCCUGUGACCUUCAAGAGUUUUUGGUGUUUUGUUUUUGCACCUGCUGUUGAUGGAGGUCUACUCUUGUUUGCAAUUUUGUGAGAGAUAGAAAAUUCUUGGCUGCUCCUCUAACCAGAUCUGGGAUCUGCCUGUGUUCUUGCUGUCAUCAUCAUAAUCUUUCUUUCCCUCUGUGGGAUUAUCAUGGCUAUGAAGCAGGACAGCCUGUGACUAUCCGCUGCUCUCUGCAGGCCUCUCUUUAUGUUUUUACUUUGGCUUUGAUUUGGUGACAUUCCAGGAGCCAAAAUGUUGAACCAGAGUGCUGUGAUGAUCUUCACUGGGAUUUGUGGUUCAUUGGUGCUCAUGGCAAUGGCCUACUACGUGUACUGGUCUGUAGUAUUGGCUGAAGGACCGUGUAAACGCGGCUUGUAAAAGGAUCCCACCGUGGUUGGUCGUAGUGUAUAAAGAGGAGCCCACUCAGCUUUCCAGGCUCCUCAGCCAUGGCUCUGCUGGCCUACCUGAAGAGCCUGUUUAUCCUGCAGCUGUUGAUGGGCUUCGUGUUUGUGGUUAGCGGCCUCAUCAUAAACUUCAUCCAGCUCUGCACCUGCAUCCUCUGGCCGAUCAACAGACAGCUCUACCGCGUAAUCAACUGCCGGCUCUCCUACUCCCUCUGGAGUCAGCUGGUGAUGCUGCUGGAAUGGUGGUCGGGCACAGAAUGCACUCUAUACACUGACCAGGCUACGGUGGACAAGUUUGGCAAAGAGCAUGUCAUCGUUAUCCUAAACCACAACUAUGAAAUUGAUUUCCUCUGUGGCUGGACCAUGUGUGAAAGAUAUGGCAUCCUUGGGAGUUCAAAAGUGCUAGCUAAACAUGAGCUGCUGAAGGUUCCACUGAUUGGCUGGACCUGGUACUUCCUAGAGAUUGUCUUCUGCAAGAGAAAGUGGGAGGAAGACAGAAAUACUGUCUUCAAUGGACUGAAAAGACUCCAAGACUAUCCUGAAUUUAUGUGGUUUCUUCUGUAUUGCGAGGGCACCCGCUUCACAGAGAAGAAACACCAAAUCAGCAUGCAGGUUGCAGAGAGUAAAGGCUUGCCCAAGCUCAAGUAUCACCUACUACCCCGCACCAAAGGAUUUACCACAACGCUGCAGUGUCUUAAAGGGACAGUAUCUGCUGUGUAUGACGUGACUCUCAAUUUCAAAGACAACCAAGUUCCCACUCUCCUUGGCAUUGUUAAUGGCAAGAAAUACAAAGCAGACAUGAGUGUAAGACGGUUCUCUGUGAAGGAUAUACCAGAUGAUGAAGGGCAGUGUGCCAAUUGGCUGCACAAGCUCUACCAGGAGAAGGAUGCUUUACAGGAACUCUACAGCAAGGAGGGCAAGUUCCCUGGACCCACAAUAAUCCCACCUCGCCGACCCUGGACACUGCUGAACUUCCUGUUUUGGGCCACGCUGCUGCUUUCGCCUCUCAUCAACUUUGCAUGUGGAGUGGCCGUCAGCGGUUCUCCCCUCCUCAUCAUUGGCUUCAUCAUUUUCCUCAUCGUGGCUUCUAUAGCUAUCCGACGCCUCAUAGGAGUCACCGAGGUGAAGAAAACAGGCUCCAGCUACGGCGACCCAGGACCCAAAAAACAAAACUAAAAGUGUGUGAUCCCUUACUCUCCCACACCCCUGUUCCUCCCAUGACACGGCCCUGUCAGUGUGGCCGUCCUGCGGCGUCUCACCCCUACCCAACUCCAUUCUCCUCCUACUGUUGAGUCAGUUGGUAGGCAGGGGAGGAGACGCAGCUGUGAAAAAUAAAUACAGACCAGAGUUUAGAAAAUACAAAUGGCACUACAGAGAGAGAGAGAGCACGGAGGGUGUGGGGUGGGUUCAAGCUCUCUGGUGUAACACAGAACAAAAGGAUGUGGGGACAUGCAGUACUGAAUUCCACUGCAUCUUUCUUAAUCCAGCUCGUCCCCAUCUCAUCCACAUUCAAUCCCUGUUCACACCCAAGGUCAAGUUCACGUGGACAGCAGGUCCCGCCCAUUUUCUGCUGUUGCACGACCUACCUCCGAUUCCUGUCACAGCCAUCAGCUAAUCAGGGUGCGGGGGGUGCACUCAUUAUUUUUGGCCACAGAACGCAAACCGAUCCACAGUUUUUGUAAUCAUGACCUCCACCUGCAGCAGUGUGUCACUGCAACAGCGAUCUGGAAAUAUGCCGGGUUGUUUCCUCACUGACUCGACUGAGUCUGGUCUUUCAGUGAGAACCGGUGUCUAAAGAAUCAGCAUCGAGGCCUGGUAUUCUUAAAGGGUCAAUUCACCAAAAGCACUAAAUUAAAAUACUGUUUAUCUUCCAUGUAUCUCAUUAUGGGGAUGGUAAAAUGCAGAAUUAAAAAUGAGUUUGUAGUGCACAAUUAUGUACAUAAAUACAACAAUGUUACCACAGACUUGAAUAAUAACAAUUACUGACACUUUUAGCAGAACUUACUGUGUUUAAAAUGUAAAAGUGUAAACGGUCCACAUUAAAAUCAUUGGAUUGCACAUGUAUUUUAAAUACUGUGUCUGUGGAAAGGUGAUACUUGAUCUGUGCACUGUCACUGACAUUAAAUUCACCCC